CAGUUCCAGAUAAAUACGCUGCGGCAGAAUCCUCUGCAGAGUUUUACUUUGCCGAGACGAGAUCGUUAUUUUAUCACAGAACAGAAGAUUUCUUGGAUUUCUUUAAACGGUGUGAGGAUGUGGACGGUAGGCCUUCAGGUGGUGGCCCUCGGUGUUCUCCUACAGGUGUUAAGCUGUUCAUCUUGCCGCAUAAUGGGCUCAGUAGCCAACUGUGGUCUUAAGAACCUCCGCUGGGUUCCUCCUCUCCCUCCUCACAUCACCCACCUGUACCUGCAGAUGAACCACAUCAAUGAGAUCAAUGCUACGUCCCUGUCAGGCCUGGAGGAGCUGCAGGAGCUGGACCUUGGACAACAGCGUGUGCCGCUAGUGAUUAGGAAUAACGCCUUCAGCAGACAGAAACAUCUGAGGAGGCUGGUGCUUGGCUUCAACGUUGGACUUCAGCUAGAGCUGCAGGCCUUUGAGGGACUGUCCAGUUUGCAGAAUCUCCAAAUGGAUUACUGCUCGCUUACAGAGUCUAUACUGAAGGACAACUAUCUAGAGCCACUUUCAUCCUUACAAACUCUUGACCUGUUUGGUAACAAGAUAAAAAGACUCCAACCAUCACUCUUCUUUGCAAACAUGACUCAUUUGAAAGAACUGAAUCUUAUGCUGAACCAAAUUGACCAAAUUUGCGAGUCAGAUCUUGUCGGUUUCCAGGGAAAGCACUUUACAGUCCUGAACUUGAACUCCAUCAACCUUAAAGCGAUGUCUAGUGACAGCUUUGACUGGCAGAAAUGUGGGAAUCCUUUCAGAGGCAUGUCCUUUCAGACACUAGACUUGUCCAACAGCAGGCUCAGUGUGGGUCAAUUAAAGCAGCUUUUCAGAGCCAUUGAGGGGACAAAGAUCUCCCAUCUCAAACUCUCAGGGCACAUAGGCAAAGGAUUUUCAUUCAGUAAUCUCCCUGAUCCAGAUCGCAGCACAUUUGAGGGCUUGAGGAACAGUUCAGUCCGCUCAUUGGAUCUGUCUCGAAACAGGAUAUUUGCACUGGAACCCGGGGUUUUUAGUCCGCUGAAAGAAGUCACAAUCAUUGACGUUUCAAAAAACAGAGUGAAUCAGAUACACAGAAAUGCCUUUGAAGGUCUCCAGGGUCAUUUAAAACUGCUCAACUUGUCACACAACCUGCUUGGGGAAGUCUAUUCCCACACAUUUGCUUCUCUGACAAACCUGCUCGUGUUAGACUUGUCUUACAAUCACAUUGGUGCACUGGGUUAUGGCUCAUUUAGUGGACUGCCCAACCUGAAAGUAUUAUUUCUGACAGGAAACUCUGUGCAGGAUUUAGGCUUCCCUGCAUCUCUACCGAGUUUGGAUUAUCUCCUGCUGAAUGAUAAUAAGUUGACGUCCUCAUCAGUGUUCAGUGUCAGUCGGUUUGCCAGUAACGUCAUGCAUUUGAACAUUCAGGACAACAGGUUAACUGACCUGGGGGGUGUUUACACCUUUAUGACUCAGCUCAGACGCCUCCAGCAUCUCUUCCAUGGGGGAAACACAAUUAGGUGGUGCCCGCUCAGUAGUCAAGUUGGUCAAAAUGAUAUGCAAGUUCUUGAUCUUCACAGCAACUCCCUGCAGUGCAUUUGGGCUCAGGGAAAAUGCCUUAAUUUAUUUGACAAUCUUGGGCAUCUGAUCAGUCUCAGAUUGAGCUUGAACGGACUGCAGUCUCUUCCUCAAGGCAUUUUCAAGGGUCUCACCUCACUAAGGGAGAUGGAUCUCUCAUCCAACGCCCUGACGUAUCUCCAGCCUGAUGUAUUACCCAAAAGUCUGAAAUCCCUCGACCUUUCCAACAAUUUCAUAGCAUCCCCUGACCCUGCUGCCUUCCAUUCCCUCAGUCACCUUGACCUGACAAUGAACCGGUUCCACUGCAACAGUUACCUGACAAGUUUCCUGACUUGGUUGAACAAUACUAACGUAACGCUCCUGAGUCCUGCUGAGCAGCUCAGAUGUGAAUUUCCUUUUAAUUUCUACAAUGUUUCUCUGUCAGAUUAUUCUGCUCAGAUUUCGCAGCAAUGAAAGCUACUAAAAGUGAACAAAUAUGUGAGUUAUUUUAGAAUAAUACCUAAAAUACAAUGUAGAAACAACCAGUAGUGUUCUGGUGGUGUGUAUGGUUGAUUAAAGUAAUGUGGUCACAUUUUAUCCUGCAUGACCUGAAUUUGUACAAAGUGCCUGAUUAUGAUACUGAGGAAAAUCAAAUAUGUUUUAUACUUUUUCAGAAUUAAAAUCCUGUUUUGAAAUUUG